CUCCUAGUGGUCCUCCAAUGAACAUCAAAACCACAUCAAGAAGUACAUCAUCAUUGUCUUUCCUCUGGCACCCUCCACAGAAAACUAAACAAAAUGGCGUCAUUAUCAGUUAUACAGCCUGUGUUUCACGUUCACAAAAUGGUCCUUGCUUUCAGAAAUUUGUUACCAGUGAAAGAGAGUGGCUGGUCGGAAAUUUAAAUACAUCGACAAAAUAUUAUGUUCGUGUUCUUGCAAGUACAAAAGUUGGUCAUGGACCAUACAGUACAAGCAAAGGAUAUUUUACGAAUGGACGUAAGUUCGAUAUGCAUGUUUAUAUCGAGAUUUUGUUUGUGGUUCUGAGGAAAAUUCUGUUUCGAAGUUCAUAUUUUCUAUUUAGUUUAUUUUAUGCAUGCUCUGUCAUUUUUAUUCCCAUUUAUAUCAUACCUAUCAACCCUUAUCAAGUCGUCUUUAGAUUUCUGCUAGAAGAUACAUGCAUGCAGAAACCCCUCGCCUUGCUGACAAAACCAUUGUAUUUUCCGAACAUGAAGUAUUUAAAGUAGUUAUCAUGGUAACACGAUAAUUUUGUAGAAUAUUUUUACAAAUGAAAAAUCCCCUAAAAAUAUCACUUUUAAUUACAAUAUUAUCAAUUCCCCAAACAUAUAUAUGUUAGGUAUGUUAUUAUAUGUAAUAUAAGCUUCAAUUUAAGGUAAAAUUCAACCUCAAACCGCUUCACAAGACGUUUUAAAAUGUUCUUUUAAUAUAAAACUAAUUAUUAUAAAACUGCCUUUAUCGAAAAACUUUGAGUUUGAAAUAAAAAGAUUUAAAAUUCUCGUAUUCAAACAACAUUGCUUUCUUUUAUAUUUAAAAAAUUAAUGUAAUAAAAAGGAUAAUCAACAAAGAAACACUGUCUUUUUCAUUUAAAAUAUACACAACGAUCAGCGGCUUUCAAAGCAAUUAUAAUGCGAACAAUAAUAUCAAUAAUCAAUAGACAAUAUAUUUAAAACAAACCUACCUUCCGCGUUAACGUCGGCACCUUUACUUCCUUCUUUUAUCAGUUAUUUCGCCUUUAUUUUCUUAAAAAGCUUUUGAAAUUCACAAAAUCUUGCAAAAAUGAAAUAUAUUUGCAAGAAAUUAUCAAAUCAAGAAAUGUUUGCUAUUUCGCUGUCGUCAUGCAUGCAGUCGUUAUAAUGCAAAUUUUAAAUUUGACCAAUCAGUGUUCGCUGUUUGUGAUAGUCCCUGAAUAUUUUUGAGAUCAGUGAGGAUGACCACCCACCCAACACUCCAGGGUACAAUUCCAGAAGGUACAAUUUCAGCGAUGGUACAAUUUCAGACUUACCGUAGAUGAAAGAAUAAUCGAUGCAUUAUGUGAAACUAUUGGCUCAAUGUUUUAACUAUAGUAUAUAUGCCUUCUAUCUUUUACAAUCUUUAUAGUAAUUAGAUCCUCUUUUCACAAUUAACUAUUACACAUCGCAAAAUUAUAUUCUGUACUUUCUCCCAUAUAUAGCCUUUGUACCAGACAAACCUACAAAUAUCAUCGUCACUAAUCUCGCGUCUAGAAAAGCUGCAAUAUCUUGGCUAGAUCCUAAAAAUCAAGGACGAUAUCGUCUUUCACGCUUUUGGAUUAAACUGAAUAAAGAAAACUUACUAAUCCUGAACAUUACUACAGGAAAAGUGAAUGAAUAUAAAAUUGAUUAUCUUAUCCCGCAUACUACAUAUGAAAUUUCUGUAUCUGCUGGAAAUUACCUUGGUUUUGGUGAAGAGAUUAUUACUUCGUUCUUAACGUCGGAAGAAGGUGAGUAUUAAAACGUUUUUUAAGGCGUGCUCGAUUCAAGACUUCAAUCCAAUUUAUUGCAAAAUUUGGAUAUCGUUUUAUAGUCAUUUUUCGGUUUGUUCACGAACCAUCGUUACCGACAGCGGAAAAAUCUCGAUGUGUCAAUAUCUCUAAAACAAUGUUUAAUUGUUAUAUAUUCUUCGAUAAACCUAUAAUAUUUACCAUGUUCGUUACUUUGGUUGAAUUAAGUAAGAUAUUUUUGUCACCACAUGACUAGUUCUUUAUGCACUCAAAAGCCCCACUUGACUUAUAGCUACAUGAUAUUUAAAUAAAUCCUCUGUGUUUUAAGCUCCAAGCGGUCCACCAUUAAAAAUCAAAACCACUUCAAGAAGUGCGUCGUCGUUGUUUUUCAUCUGGGACCCUCCUGGAAAAACGAAACAAAAUGGUAUCAUUAUCAGUUAUACAGCGUGUGUUUCGCACUCAGAAAAUGGGCCGUGCUUUCAAACAUUUAUUACAAGUAAAAGGGAGUGGCUUGUUGGAAAUUUUAAUGAAUUAACAAAAUAUUAUGUUCGUGUUCUUGCAAGUACUAAAGCUGGUCAUGGAAACUUCAGUGAAAAUAAAAGAUUUUUCACGAAUGGAAGUAAGUACAUGUAUUUAAAUAAAUUUCUGUUAAGAAUUCCAUACUUGCAUUUUAGCAUUUUCUAUUUCAGUGUCUUUGCUUUUACAGUUUAGUUUAGUCCAUUUGGUCGUGACGUUUGUGAUCAUGUCAAUUAUAGUAGAUUUGUAAUUGAAGGAUGAUAUACGGUUUAAUAAUUUAUGAAUAUAGUUGGAAUAUAUAAUGUCAAAAUGGACAAGUUGCAUGUCAGACUAAAUUUUAAUCUAGGUAAAGAGAAGGGAAUCAAACACCACAGUUAAAAAACGUAAUGAAAUUAGUAAAAUUGUAAAAUUUCGGAUAAAGAUUUCGAUAAACUUUAUUGCUUAGAUGCAUUCGUAUUUGCUGUUCCUGCAUGUAUUACAUGUUACGUGUAUUCAGCACCAAGGAAGACAAAAACGAACCAGCUGAACCUGAGAAAACCAGAAUUGAAGUUACUUGUUGCUUCAACCAAUUUGUUUUUGCAGUGUAGCAACAUUCUGACAUCGCGAUAACAUCACUACAAUAUCAUUACAAUUUGAAAAACCCACACAGAGCCCUAGGUAUUACAAUAAAUUUUACAUUUUGAUACAUCCACGCCUUCCUAUACAGGAGCAGUAGAGAAGCCCAUAGCUGCAACAUUAAAUACACUUACAUUUUCAUUGGAAAAUCAAUCUGCAACAUUUUUGUAAGUAUAUUUGACUUUUUGAUUGUCUUGUAGAUAAAUACGUGAUAUGAUACAUGCAUUACUUAGGUUAUGAAGAGGGUAAAUUUUGACUUCUAGAUAUUUUUACGUGGUGGCUUUGGAAUUGAAAUACAAUAUGGAGCCUUCAUCAUCUGACAAUUAUGAGAACAAGGAGCUAGUGACGUAUGCUGAGGCAAAACAUUCAACCGAUCCGAAACCUUAUAUCGCUGCAGUAGUUACAUCCAGCGGUGUUGAUGGAAACAUGUUUAUACUUGGAGAUGGCAGCAAUACAAAUGAUCCAACUUCACGAAAACUUGGAUCAACUACGAGUGACUAUUUUAAUGGUCCGUUGGAACCGGGUACUGGUUAUAGAAUGUUUCAAAGGAUAGUUAUCAAUGAAAAG